GCCUUCCGGGGAAGCGGCCGCGGCGGUGGAAAGUCCAGAAGUAGGAGAGGAGGCUGAGGAAGAGGAGGUGAUGGCGACCGACCUGGGGAGGGGGCGACGCUCCGUCUGGCCGAGGCGCCGUCCGGGCUAGGGUCACCCAGACUGACACAGAUGAUACAUUUUCCAGCCUUUUACACCCCGGAGACUUUCAAAAUUAAAAUGAUCUCCAAAAGAAAAAAAAUUUAUUUUAGCCUAAGAGAUGCUAUUACUAAAACAUAUUAUUCAUUCUACAGUCUCUGGACUUGGCACAGCAUGCAGAAGAAGUAUUAAACGAAAAAGAGCAAACCAACAAAGCUAACUCCCAAAGCCCUGAAUGCAGCAAAAUAAAAACAAUGGACCUCAAGUUCAACAACUCCAAGAAAUACAUCUCUAUUACUGUGCCAUCCAAAACCCAAGCAAUGUCACCACACAUUAAGUCAAUUGAUGACAUUAUAGUACUUGGCAUAAAUCUCAGCAAAUUUAACAAACUUACUCAGUUUUUCAUAUGUGUUGCUGGAGUUUUUGUAUUUUACCUAAUUUAUGGAUAUUUGCAGGAAUUAAUAUUUUCAGUGGAGGGUUUUAAGUCCUAUGGCUGGUACCUUACUUUAGUGCAAUUUGCAUUUUACUCCAUAUUUGGCCUAAUAGAACUUCAGCUUAUUCAAGAUAAAAGGAGAAGAAUACCAGGAAAAACCUACAUGAUAAUAGCUUUUCUAACUGUGGGUACUAUGGGGUUAUCAAACACUUCCUUGGGCUACCUGAAUUAUCCCACCCAAGUCAUCUUCAAGUGCUGCAAAUUGAUUCCUGUUAUGCUAGGAGGAGUUUUUAUUCAAGGAAAGCGGUAUAACGUGGCAGAUGUCUCUGCUGCUGUAUGUAUGAGCCUUGGCCUGAUCUGGUUUACUCUUGCUGACAGCACAAUUGCACCUAACUUCAACCUGACAGGUGUGAUGCUUAUUUCCCUGGCACUGUGUGCAGAUGCUGUCAUUGGAAAUGUUCAAGAGAAAGCUAUGAAACUGCACAAUGCUUCUAAUUCUGAAAUGGUUUUAUAUUCAUAUUCAAUUGGUUUUGUGUACAUUUUAUUGGGACUGACAUGCACUAGUGGAUUAGGCCCUGCAGUAGCAUUUUGUUCAAAGAAUCCAGUUCAGACCUAUGGUUAUGCAUUCCUUUUUUCCCUCACUGGAUACUUUGGAAUUUCUUUUGUUCUGGCUUUGAUUAAAAUGUUUGGUGCACUGGUUGCUGUAACAGUGACAACAGGAAGAAAAGCAAUGACCAUUGUACUUUCGUUCAUAUUCUUUGCUAAACCAUUCACAUUUCAGUAUGUAUGGUCUGGUUUACUAGUUGUUCUUGGCAUAUUUCUCAAUGUUUACAGCAAAAAUAUGGAUAAAAUAAGACUACCAUCACUGUAUAGUCUGAUAAACAAGUCAGUGAUCAUGAGAAAAUCAAGGACGUUGGCACAAACUGUAUAGGUAUAGAUUUUUCCUGUUUAGAAUUUUAUGGGAACAAUCACUAAUCAGCUUUCUAAAAGGAAAAAAAAAAACCAAAGGAUCUGAAGGCAUACUGUUAGUUUCUGGAUGGA